AUGCUGCGCUCCACGUCCACCGUCACCUUGCUCUCGGGCGGCGGCGCCAGGGCACCCGGGGCGCCCAGCAGGAGGGCAAAUGUCUGCAGACUGCGGCUGACCAUCCCCCCCGAGAGUCCAGCCUCAGAGCCAGGUGAAAGGAAGACUGAAAGAAAAGAACAACAGCCUGACCUAAGCAAUGGGGAGCCCACCAGGAAACUUCCUCAGGGUGUCGUCUACGGUGUGGUGCGGAGAUCGGAUCCAAAUGAGCAGAAGGAAAUGGUGGUGUACGGGUGGUCCACCAACCAGCUGAAAGAAGAGAUGAACUACAUCAGAGACGUGAGAGCCACUUUGGAAAAAGUAAGGAAACGAAUGUAUGGAGACUACGAUGAAAUGAGACAGAAGAUUCGACAGCUCACCCAGGAAUUGUCAGCUUCCCAGGCUCAGCAGGAGUAUCUCAAGAAUCAUAUCCAGACACAGUCGUCAGCCCUGGACAGUUUUAAUGCCACCAACUCGGCCUUAACGUCGGACUCCAUCGGCCUGCAGAAAACCCUGGUGGAUGUUACUUUGGAAAAUAGCAACAUUAAGGAUCAAAUGAGAGACCUGCGGCAGACCUAUGAAGCCUCCGUGGGCCAGCUGCGGGAAAAGCAGAGGCAGUUGGAGGUGGCGCAGGUAGAAAACCAGCUGCUGAAAAUGAAGGUGGAAUCCUCCCAGCAAGCCAAUGCCGAGGUGAUGAGAGAGAUGACCAAGAAGCUGUACAGCCAGUACGAGGAGAAGCUGCAGGAGGAGCAGCGGAAGCACAGCACCGAGAAGGAGGCUCUCCUGGAAGAAACCAAGAGUUUUCUGAAAGCAAUUGAGGAAGCCAAUGAAAAGAUGGAAGCGGCGGAGAUGAGCCUGGAGGAGAAGGACCGGAGGAUCGGAGAGCUGGACAGGCUGAUUGAGCGCAUGGAAAAGGAACGUCAUCAGCUGCAGCUCCAGCUCCUGGAGCACGAAACAGAAAUGUCAGUGGAAAUAAUGGACCCUGACAAGGAAAGGUAUCAGCAGCUGGAAGAGGCAUCGGCCAGCCUCCGGGAACGGAUCCGGCACCUGGACGACAUGGUGCAUUGUCAGCAGAAGAAAGUCAAGCAGAUGGUUGAGGAGAUUGAAUCGUUGAAGAAGAAGGUGCAGCAGAAACAGCUCUUAAUAUUGCAGCUUUUGGAAAAGAUCUCUUUCUUAGAAGGAGAGAAUAACGAACUACAAAGCAGAUUGGACUAUUUAAUGGAAACCCAGGCCAAGCCUGAGGUGGAGACCAGAGAGAUUGGAGUGGGCUGUGAUCUUCUCCCCAGGAUCCAUCUUAGCACUUUCACUGCGUAGGUCAGUCAGCAGAGGAAAUGAAAGCUACGUAUCCGCAUUUCCGAAAAGGCAGGCCCAACAGGUAGGACUCGUGAAAUCUCGAUACCUUCCAGGAACUACACUCCAUACACACGGGUCUUGGAGUUAACCACGAAGAAAACACUGACUUAGGCACGUGGAGACACACACUUUGUACGGAUGGACAAAAGCCCUGGAACCGUGUGGCUCGAGGUCUGGGAAGGGAGGCUUCUGCUUCCUCCUAUCCAAGUUUCAGCCAGAAAGGAGACUGCUGAGGUUCUAAUCUACUUCUAAAACAUGAAGGAAAAGUGAGGCAGAAGGGGAGGGCAGGAGAGAGAGCUUUCAAGGGCAUAUUUCAAACACCCAACCAUGCUUUACUGGGCCAUCAUUAGCUUUCCAAGUAGACACUGAAAUUCUGUCAGAAUUCCCUCACAAUUUAUUUUCUGGUUCACUAGCCUUCGGUUGGAAGGAAAAAGGGCAUUAAUUUGAAAUUUCAGGUUAUUCACGCCAGGAUCAUUUGUUACAGCGUGAAGGUUUUAUUCGCCCAUAAAAGUAUUAGAAGCGAUGUUUCUCUGGUGCCAAGAAGCCUGUCCAUAGGUGCAGGGGCACCUGGGGAUACCUGACCCUGCCAGGGAAGGGUGCUCACUCCUCUUGGUCCCCAGGAUCUGUAUGGAAUUGUGGGAGCCACGGGUGGAGACUGGCCUCCUGCGGGCACAAGUGCCUCGUUCUCAUGUGCUAAUCCUUGGUUUAAUUUGUGCCUUAUGCCUUCAUGGGGCUCACUGAAAUCAAUGUAUUUAUUUCACCUGUGAUUUUUUCUUCCCUUUCUCACUUUAACUGAAUUUUUUUGUAUGUUGUGAAAAGGUAAUCAUUGAAUGUUUUCAGUAUCAAUUGUUUUUUUAAAGUAAUUUGUUCACGCAUGUUCUACUCUGAUAUAACCUAUGUCACAUAUGUUUAAUAAAUGCCAUGUAUUUU